AUGGGCACCCUGGACACCUUGAACAUCCUUGCUGCACCCCAAUGCUCCAUCUCAAGGGAUUACACAGACCUGGGCGAGCGCAAGGUGCGGCUCACGGAGUCGGGAGGCCCCGGGCGCAGCGAGUGCGCGGAGCAGCUGCUGGUGGAGGACCUGUACCGACGCGUGCAGGACAAGAGUGACAAGUCGGGCCGCUACGGCACGCCCAGCGUCAUGGAGAUCCAGCGGGUGCUGUCCGGGGGCCGCAUGGAGACGCCCAAGAACGCGGCCGACCUCGUGUGGGAUGGCAUCUACAUCGGGGAUGUGAGCGUGGCCAUGAACCGCGCGCGGCUCAAGCGCAUGGCGGUGACGCACGUGGUGAACGCGGCGCACGGCACCGGCGUGUUCACGGGCCACGAGUUCUACCGCGGCAUGGAGCUCGCCUACCUGGCCGUGCCCGCCGACGACUUCCCCGAUUUCGACAUCAGCGGCCACUUCUACCCGGCGGCCGCCUUCAUCGAUGAGGCCCUGCUCACCCACAAGGGGACGGUGCUGGUGACCUGUGUGAUGGGAUACAGCCGAGCGGCGGCGCUCGUGGCCGCGUACCUCAUGAUUUACCAUCACCUGCCCCUGCUGGAGGCUCUCACCAGGAUCCGGCUCAAGCGACCGGUCUCUCCAAACGAGGGCUUCCUAAGGCAGCUGCGGGAGCUGAACGAGAAGCUGCUGAGCGAGCGCGACGUCGAGCCGGCCCCGACGGCGCGCGAAGGUCGCCGCCGCAACGACAACGCCACCACCAGGAACGGGGAUGGGGGCAGCAGCAGCAGCCGUAGCAGCAGCGGCGGCAGCAGCGGCGGCAGCAGCGUGGUGAAUGUGCGCGAGCGGGCGACACGCCGCCUGCUGGAGGAGAAAGUGGACGUGCGGCGGCAGUGGACAUCCCGCGAGGACGACGCGAGCAGCGUGGCGAGCAGCGUGGCGAGCUGCACAGAGGAGCGGCGGCGCUCCUGGGCGGGGUCGCUACACGCCCGCAUGGAGGUGUGCGACACCGACAGCGAUGGCGCAAGUACCGUUCUCCUGCGCUCCUCCUCGCUGCUCAGCGGCAGCAGCAGCAGGCGGAGGAGGCUAUGGUCCGAGUCAACGCGGGACGACGAGCCGGAGCCAGCCGGUAGCGUCGUGAGCCGUGCCAGCAGCCGGUUCUCCGGCUCCCGGGCGUUCGAGAGCGAGCAUAUCGAGGUGUCCGGCCAAGUGCGGAAAUCUCCUCUCACUGCGCCGUCCGAUGGAGACGGCCAUGCCAGUGGCCGGGAGAGUGAGCACGCGGGAGACGACGGCACCGACGGCCGACGCCCGCGGCCUGCGGACUCGGACGACGAGGUGGACCAGAUUAUUCAGGAGUGGAGGCGCCGCAACGAGACGCUGGGCCAGGGGGAGAGUCGCUCCCGGGCCGGGCUGUCCGGAGAGGAUGAGGAGAGCAGACGGGGAGGCGGGGAGCGGGGCGGGCGGACACCGGCUCGUAGCGCGGGCAGGAGAGACUCCCUUGUGUCGGAGGGCAGCGGCGGCAGUAGCUGGACGGGGGCGAGCACGGAUGUGUCGCUGGACCUGAUGGAGGGCGGUGUGCCCAGAUGGCGCGCGGACGACGACGAAGACACCGAGUCCAACUUCAGCUUCUAUGGCGGCCGCGAGGAGGUGUUGGGCGGCCUCACACCCGUGCAGCGCUGGCGCCUCAAGAAGCGCGAGCUGGACGACCGGAACCGGGCCUUUGACAAGGCCUUCCCGCCCCGGCAAGUACCCCGGCGCGCAGGCAGGGACGGUGCCGACGCGGAGCAGCCGCCGGCGCCGCCAGACCCGCCGCCGCCGGACCCGGGCCUGCCGGACCUCGCGGCCUACCAGCGCUGGAAGCUGGGCCGCCAGCGGAAGCUGCGCACGGACAUGUCGGACGACAUCGUUGCGCUCACGUGCGAGCCUCCCGCGGCGGCGGCUAAGGUGCUCAAAAAGCCCGGCGCUGCCGAGCGGCUGCAGGAGGCGCUGGAGCGCAGCCGCGGGAUCCUCGCUGGCAUAGAGAGAGAAGAUGCAGACAAGGAGGAGGCCGCGCGGCUGCCGCCACAGCAACAGCAGCAGCAGCCGCAGCAGCAGCCACAGCAGUACCCGGCGUACGCGGACAACGAUGAUACAUCAUCGGUGUUUAGCACGCAGAGUUCUGUCCGCAGCGCAGCGACCGCGACGAGCCGGUGCUCGUACCUGAGCCGUGACAGCUAUGGCAGCGGAGGUCACACCGGGAGCGAGACAGCGUCCCUCGGUGGACAACAGGCGUGGAGCUCGCGGUCGGAGAGCAACGCCUCCCGGUUCCCGUGUGGAGGAGGAGGAGGUGGCACAAGCAAGCCGCUGUUCACCCUCUUCCAGGACGAGGUGGACCUGGGCCGCCUGGAGCGCAGUGAGCGGCGCAUGCGGAGCGAGGUGCUGGGCAUGAUGAGCGGCUACGCCGAGGAGCGCAUCGCCGCCUGCAACAAGCGCAGCACCAUCUUCAAGAAGAAGCAUGGCACCGGCAGGAAGGAAGAGGGGUCGGGGGAUGAUGCGCGCCAGCGGGAGGGGGGCGAAGAGGAGGAGGGAGGAGAGGGCGACGGAGAGACGACAGCUAGCCUCCUCGAGUCAGUGCAGAGGCUGACGCGCAGGGCCCAGCGGCUCAAGAAGUCGUUCAGGCAAACGGGCGAGGCGGGCGGGGAGGGGAGCGAGGAGUGCAGCGAGGCGCUCCCUGGGAGUUGGCGGGGACGGCCUAGGAUGGGUGGCGGCGACGGCGUCGUGAGGGAGGAGCGCGAGCUGACGAGCGUCGUCUCCCAGGUGGAGGCCGAGGAGGUGGAGGUGUCCAGAUCCCGGCGCCCGCACGGCGGUGGCGGCAGUGCCGUUGACGCAGAGGAGGAGGCGGCGGAGGCGGCGUCCCCGAACGGAGCAGAGUUUGACGAGGCGGACGAGGAGGUGAUCCGCGUGUGGAGGCGGCGCCGCGAUGCCAUGCGCCGGGAGGCAACGUCGCGAAGCAUCUUCCACAGCUCGCGGCCUGCGCCAUGAUGGCCGCUACAUGACGGCCACGACGUGACGGCCGCGGAGGCGACGAGAAGGCACGAUGAGACGAUAUGACAUGACGAUACGACGCGAGAUGAGACGGGUAUGAGAUGAUUGUCAUCUUGUCGUGCUAUCACGUGAUGGCACGACGAGACGACACGAGAUGACACGAGAUGAUAUGACGAGAAGGCACAAGCAAGCUGUGGCACUCCCACGGCUCGCAACCCCCUCCUGCGUGCGGCAAGGGCCUGGCGGGGUUCAUCCUGGUGGUGGCGGUGGCAGCGGCGGCACCGUGCGGGGAGCGUCACCCACUAGGGAUAUGAGUACUCGAGUGAGCUCCACUUCUGCGGCGCUCAUCCUUCACUCGUCACCGUAACGCGCGUUUCACGUGUACGCGCACACGUGAAACGCCAGCCCGCUAAGUGACACACGUGCGUGUGAUACAAGUGAUGCACACUUGACUUCUACGUGACACACGUGACACAGACGUGACAUCCACGUGACACGCGUGACACAGACGUGACCUCCGCGUGACACAGACGUGACCUCCGCGUGACACAGACGUGACCUCCACGUGACAAAAGUGACACAGACGUGACAUCCACGUGGCAAGCGUGACUUCCAUGUGAUCUCCACAUGACCUCCCUGUGAUGCAUGUGAUCUCUGAUAGACAUGUGACACGUGGCCUCCACAUGACACACACAUCACCUACACAUCGACAUAACGCACACACACGUGACCUUCAUGAGGGCGCUAUAAUUGAUUCAGCAGUUUCUCUCCCGUCGCGUGGAUGGGUUUAGCAAUCAUCGGGCAAGUGCAGCAUGUAAUGCCGUUUUUCUCAUUUAAACCGAGAGGCUUUUAGGUCCACGUGGACCCAAGCGGCGUGGGGGUGAAGGAUAGGGGGGGGCAGGGACCGGAGUUUUGGAGGCUCCAGCCUCAUGCGUGUGUUUUUAUUAUUAUUGUAAGGAUGUUAGACAUCCUUAGAUAGCGUCUUCGUAGGACAUAGGGGUGCCAUGGAUAUGAUGAACACCAUAACCAUCACGUGGGGUGGGGGGUGGGGCGCUACUCUAUAAAGAUAGCUAUGAUGAUGUGGCU